AUCAGAGGGACAACAAAGCAGGUCUCAACACUAAUCCAGGAGCGGUACAUGUCGAGUUAAAUGAAGCAGUCCGGACUCUUGGCGGAUUAGGAUUUAUCCACAAUGCAGGAGAUGUUCUUUAAAUCCGCGCUACCUGCGCAGGACUCGUUCAUGCUGGAGGACACCAGUCUGGCUCUACCUGCCGAGCCGACUCCCAGGUCCUCGACGUGGGUGACUUCCAACGACCGGAGUGUGCGUGUUCAGCAGCAGGUUCAGCUCACACUGGCACGGAAGGCAAAGAGGGCUGUGUCAAAUGGUAGUGUCCAUUUACAGAGAAACACAGCAAAGAGCUUUGAUGCUACAGAUGGACUUUUCCCAAACAUGACGAUGAAUGGAUUGGGCCUCACUGACCGCUCUCUAUCAAGCAACCAUUUGCGGAGACCAUCCAGGAGGGUGGAAGUGAGUCCACCACCGAGCCCAGAGUUUCAUCGCAGUCGCUUCAAUCCCAGUAGCCUCCGUUAUAGCACGUACACCCAUGCAGGACCCAGUCAGUCUCACAGGGUGGGCACUCUGCUGGACCACUCAUUUGCCUCUGAUUCAUUUCGUCGCUACGCCUUCUCAGAGGCACCCCGUGGCACGCGGCCACUUGCAUCCACAUCUGCAUACGGGAACAUACGCCAGAAGUCACUCAGACAGACAGCAGCGCCACCACCACCGCCUGUGUUUGCAAAUGCAGCAUUUCAGCAAAGUGUUGAAUACGGCUCUGGAUGGGGACGUAACCAAAGUACUGUCAAAAAGGAGAGACACACUGUGCAGAGAACAAGUGGUGAGAUGAUACUUGGUGCUGUCCAGCCUGAUGACGGCUUGUCCUGGUUGGCUCAGGUCAGGAGGGAGGGUCAGGGGCUCCACAGACUGAACUCAUACCCACCCUCGGUCAUGAGUGUGGAGGUGGACAUGGGGAAGCAGAUGGAAGUGGAACCACCUAUCCAGCAUAUAAACACACAGAACGUCAUGACACUGAAGUCAGAGAACAAGCCUCCAGAGAUGACAAUAGAGAGAGCCGUGAACCUGUUGACCCAGGAUAACGAGGAUAUGCUGAUCUGUGCAGCCAGCCACAUACAGAAUCAAUGUUUCAAGAGUGCCGAUGCGAAGAAGAUGGUGUACUAUCUCCGUGGGAUUGCAAAGCUCCUGCAGCUCUUGGACAAUGACAAUGAGGAGGUGCAGCGUGCUGUCGCCGGGGCUCUACGUAAUGUCGUUUACCAGAACAGUGAAAACAAGAUGGAAGUGAAGGAAAAUGAUGGCCUGGCCACUAUUUUGCAUGCACUGAAGAGCAGCCGAGAUGUUGAGACAAGACGGCACCUUACUGGUCUUUUGUGGAAUCUCUCCUCUCAUGACCUUCUGAAGGAGCGUCUCUCCAAAGAGGCCUUGUUUGUCCUCACCCAGUCAGUCCUGGUACCCAGUUCUGGCAUCUCUGAAGGGGAGAACCCAAAAGAUGAGCUCCUCGCUGAUGCUGACUCUUUCCACAAUGCUACAGGCUGCCUGCGAAACCUGAGCUCCGCUGGUCCAGAUGGCAGGAAAGCAAUGAGGGAGUGUGAGAAUUUUAUUGACUCUCUGGUCUACUACAUCCGGGGUGCCAUAGCUGACUACAAGACAGAUGACAAGUCCACAGAGAACUGCGUCUGCAUCCUGCACAACCUGUCUUAUCAGAUAGAAGCAGAGCUUCCCAUGAAAUACGCCACAGAUCUCAGAGAAUCUCGACAAAACUUGGCUCCCAAGCAAAAGGCUGUCGGCUGCUUUGCUCAUCGCAGUGCCAAGAUCACAGAGCAUCUGGAGCGACAGUGCCCCCUGCUGGAGGAGAAGUCAAACCCCCGUGGUAUAGAGUGGCUGUGGAGCUCCAUCACUAUCCGGAUGUAUCUGUCACUGAUGGCCCGCAGUGUGCGUCACUACACCCAGGAGGCCGCCAUGGGAGCCCUGCAGAACAUCACGGCUGGGAACGGAGCAGUGAGUGAAGCCAUCGCCUUCACUAUUGUUCAACGGGAAAAUGGCCUUCAGCACGUCAAGAAGAUGUUAGAGGAGGGAGAGAGUGAUGUGAAGAGGACGGCCAUAUCGCUAAUAAAAAACCUCUUGCGCUAUCAGGAACUGCACCCUGACAUCGUGAAACAGGUGUUGCCAGAGUUGGUAUGGCUGUUGCCCAACGACGACACCGGCACCGACUUGCCCACAGAGGUGACGACUUCUCUGUGUCAAAUCCUCACUAACCUGAGUCAGAGCGACAAACAGCACGUCAGGACCAUCGUCAACCAUGGAGCCCUCCCGAAGAUCAUCAACAUCAGCAGCAAGGACAACGGUUAUGGACCAACCAGAGCGGGUCAGGCAGCGUGCGUCCUGCUGCACACCAUGUGGAAACACACAGAUCUCCAUGGGGCCUACAAGAAGUGUGGCUACAGGAAGUCUGAUUUCAUCAAUGCCAGGACAACAAAGGCUGUGAACUCUGGGUGAGACUGAGCUGAGGAUCUAAAAGUACCAAACUCAAGAUGCACCUGUUGACCGUAACGGCAGCAGUCACUCGAUGCACUGUUCCACCUGUAAUGUUCUGCCUGUGUGUUUUUUUUUUUUUUUAAUGCUUAAAACAAACCAUUAUGAACUAUGCCUACAUUUCCCUCAAAGGGCCCAUGAAAUGGCUUUAAAACUGUACGUUUAUUUUGUUUAUGGUAGAGCUGCUCUUUGUUAGUUAGAUAAUAAGGUUAUUUUGAUUGUGACACAGGAAAAGAGCAGGAUGUUAUAUUAAAAUAACGGAUAAGUGGACAAUAACUAGCUUACACAAGAUCAUAACAGAACUUCAUCUGCCUGCUGUCUUAGCACCGCGUGGUCAGAAAAACUGACACAUGAAUGUAGAGUGUUUUCCACUAACAAAGAUAAUGAAUGAAAUGUUAAGUAUUUCUGUAUGUUUGUGUAGUUUUUUACUGUAGCGGCAGCUCAACAGUUGAGAAUACUGUGCUGUGUGUUUUCUUUAUUUUAGCACUUCGGGCAACACAGUAGAAAAACAAUGAAAAAUAUUCAGAUAUUCCCACUAAAGGCAUUGUGAAGGAUGAAAAAUCAAAUCAACAGCAUUAUUUUGUGACAAACCAAUGAACUGUUCUUAAAUGUAUAUAAAAUGUAUUUUUAAAUAUAGUGAUUUCCUACUGUAACACAACAAGAACAAGCUGAUUUCUUACUGUCCUGAGUUGAGUUG